AUGGCCGAUGAGCAGACGGAGUGCAACCAAGAUCCUGAAAGAAGGAUGGUAUCUUUCGGUUUUUCUAAAAAGAAAGAAAAGGCACACCUUGAAAAAGUCAGUAUAAUAAACGAGGAUGGCGAGAGACGAAAAGAAGAUACAGAUUUUGUUCUAUCGUUGGAACACAGAGAAGUACAAAGUAUUAAACCGGCUGAAAAAAAAGUAGAUUUAGUCAUUCCGUUAAUUACAAAGAAUAGAUGGAAACUACAAACAUCAGACAGCAAUAAUGAGCAGAUGAGUGGUGGUCUUGAUCAGAAUGCUGCUCAGGAAAUCCUUGAAGACAUUGCCAAAGAAAAAGAAGAUUUAAUCCGAAGGAGUAAAGAGAAUAGCAACUUAGCCAUUCCAUUAUUAAUGAAAAAUAAAAUACCAGAGGGUUUUGAAACUGAUGAUAAAUUGGACACUUCUCUCAGACCUAAUGAGGCCUCUGCAGCUGACUAUGAUGAGGUACCUAUAGAAGAAUAUGGUAUGGCAAUGUUAAGAGGAAUGGGAUGGAAACCUGGUGAAGCUAUUGGAGGAAGAUUUAAACAAAUUGCCAAACCUGUUGAUGCUGUAUUGAGACCAAAAGGUCUUGGUCUAGGUGCAGAUAAGAGACAGCUUGAUGCACUUUCUGACAAGAAGAAGAAAAAACUGAAACCUGGUGACAAAGUGGAGGAAGAGGAACCCCAAGGAUUUGCUAGGGGUGUUGGUGUAUUGGUCGCAAGUGGGCCACAUAAAAACCUAUAUGGAAAGAUAGAAGGUGUUGAUGAAGAUAAUUCUAGAGUUUUAGUCAAAUUUGCAAUUAGUAACCAAACUGCAAACAUCAGUCAGUAUGCUGUGAAGAUUGUGGAUAAAAAAGAAUACAGAAAAUACUCUCUUGAUAUCAGUAGACUGUCCAAAGCACACCAAGAUAGAAAGGACGAGGAGAGGAGGAAACAAGACAAAGAUAGGAGUGAAGACAGAGAUAAUUCAGAUGGGUAUAGACACAAAGACAGAGAGAGUGAUCGGCACAACAGAGAUAGACACAGAGACAGUUAUGACAGGCAGACCGAUAAAUACACACACAGAGAUAGAAGGAAAGAAGAUGAACCAGAUUCAAAAAAAAAGAAAUACAAAGAUGAAAGAUAUACUACAGCAUCUUCUGAUCUUAGUGACCAAGUAUACUGGUUGCGUCCAGAUUUAAGAGUUAGAAUUAUUGAUAAAAGAUACAAGAAAGGCAGAUAUUAUAAUAGCAAAGUAUCUGUAGUAGAUGUUGUUACUCAUGAUAUGUGUUCAUGUAGAACAGAAGAUGGCAAACUACUUGAAGAAUUAAAGCAAGACAUGUUGGAAACGCUUAUACCCAAGUCUCAACCAGGUUAUAUUAUGGUUGUGAAUGGAAAAUACAAAGGACAGUUGGGGACUGUGAUAGACAAAGAUAAAUCAAACUGUAUUGCACAUGUGGAGUUAUUAAUAGAUCGGACUAAGAUAAGAAAACUGUCAUAUGAUUCAAUAUGUGAAUAUAUUGGUAAUAUACAGGAAGAACAAGACUACUGAAGAUAACAUCAUGACAACACACUGCCUCAUAACGUAUACCAAGAAUAGUUAUAAGUACUCUGUGUAAACAAGUACUUAUGUCAGACAACCUUUGGCUGAGUAGAAGCGACUGUUUGGAGCCAGUUCAUAAUCAAUUACUCAAUUCAAAUCAAAUACAUGCAUGGUAUUUAUUAGCCCCUGAUAAAUGCAUUCAGGGGGCUUAUGAAUAGAGUUCCAUUUGUCCAACCAACAAGGAUUUUCUCAGAUGUUCAUGGGUCAAAUUUUUCCAAAUAUAAUACAUAGUAAUUGAUAAAUAAUUGUAAUAAGAACCAUAUACAUGUAUAUGUUGAUAGUUCAUUUGUCAUGUCUGUACAACAAGAGAGGUGACUGUGAUAUUCUCAAUGACUGUACUCAGUGAAUAAUGUGAAUUGAUAUUAAGAAUACUGCUAAGAAUAUGCAGACUGUCAUAGUCCAGUAUGUAUAGUAGUGGAAGUUUAUACAACUAAGAGUAAUAAUGUCUUCUGGCUUAAUACCAUUUUAAUAUUCAUUUUGUAAAAUUCCAAAAUCAGGUGUGAACCUGCUUCAUUCAUAACUCUUUUCCAUUCACUUAUCUC